AUGUUGAGCCUCAAGGGAAAAAUUGUCUUGAUCACCGGCCUCGGACAGACGACUGACGAGGGCUGGGGAAUUGGUGCGGCCAUUGCUGUGCAGUUCGCUCGCCAGGGGGCUUUCAUUUUUGGCGGAAAUCGAUCACUUUCAUCCGCCAAUCGUACCAAAAAUCGCAUCGAGGAAGAAGGCGGUGUUUGUGAUGUGGUAGAAACGGAUGUCACCAGCUCGAAGUCUGUCAAGUCUCUGGUCGAACAAUGUGUUCAGAAGUACGGCCGCAUAGACAUUCUGGUGAACAAUGUGGGUCGCUCCGAACCCGGAUGCCCUGCUUCCAUGUCAGAAGAGAUCUGGAAUGCCCAGGUCGAUAUCAACUUGAACAGUCUCUAUCUCACUUGCCAUCAUGUCUUACCUGUCAUGGAAAAGCAGGACACUGGCGGCGUGGUAGUGAAUAUUGCUAGCAUUGCAGGUUUACGAUACAUCGGCAAACCACAAGUUGCAUACUCGGCCACUAAAGCAGCUAUUAUGCAAUUCACCAAAGCGACAGCCAUCAUAUAUGCGGACAAAAGAAUUCGACUCAACACUGUGGUCCCCGGGCUGAUAUAUACGCCCUACACCCGAGCGCUGGCUCAGAGAUAUUCUCCCGGUGGAGAUGAAGAAGCUUACAUGAAGAAGCGUGACGGUCAAGUCCCAAUGGGAAGAAUGGGAGAUGCUUGGGACGUGGCAAAGGCAGCUUUGUUCUUGGCUUCGGAUGAGGCGUCAUACAUCACGGGCCAAAAGAUUGUGGUUGAUGGUGGAAUAACCGCCUCGACAGGGCGUGUAUGA